AUGGCUGUUCUGGUGCUGUUGCUGGUCUUGCCCCUCGCCCUGCAUGCCUGCCCCAGAUUGUGUAGCUGCCCUGGCUCACGGGAGGUUCACUGCACCUUCCGACACCUUGCAUCGCCUCCUCGAAACCUCCCAAAGGACACUGAAAGAAUUAACUUGGGCUAUAACAGCAUCCAGGCAGUGGGCGUCUCGGAAUUUGCAGACCUCCAACGUCUGGAAAUGCUUAUGCUACAUGGGAACAACAUAGCGUCAGUGUCCGCCGGAGCCUUUUAUCACCUGCGCUCUCUGCAGAUUCUGAAGCUAAGCUACAACAAGCUGAGGACCAUCUAUCCCAGUAUGUUUGAGGGGUUGUCAGGCCUGGUGCGCCUUCAUCUUGACCACAACAUCAUAGACUUCAUUGAACCUCUUUCUUUUGAUGGGCUGACAUCCCUAAAACUGCUUCAGCUGGAGGGCAAUCAUCUGAGGGACAUUCACCCCCAUGCCUUUGUUACCCUGUCCUUCCUGGGGAACUUCUGGAGUUCCACCCUGCGCCACCUCCACCUGGCAGACAACCAGCUGGAAUACCUGCAGCCAGGAACCUUUCAAUACGUGGAUAAACUGGAAGUCCUCUCCAUACAUGGCAAUCCUUGGUCAUGUGACUGCCAGCUCCAUUGGCUUUUAGAGUGGAACAGGAAAAGAGAAGGAGUGAUUAAGUGCAAAAAGGAACGAGAUUCUGGUGUGAUUGAGAACUGUGCCACCUGUUCCUCACCCCAGAAGCUCAACGGCAGCCAGAUCUUCCAGCUGUCCCCUGAACAGCUCUCCUGUGAGAAACCUACUCUCCAGUCUCCACUGAAGCAGCGGGAGAGCACCAGCUGGGAGGACACUGAGCCUGACCUUCCGUACAGCAAAGACCUGGAACGCCCACUAGGUCAUCUCACCUUUGUGCUGUCUGACAGCCAUGGGAAUAGAGCUCAUGUGAUCUGCAUCGUCACACGCCCAGGUGAGGGCACCUCCAUGCUCUGGAAGACCUUGAAGGUGCCGGGGCAGUUGUCAGUGAACGUCACUCUGAUGAGCUCACUGGAGUGUGAGAUUGACCGCGAGGAGCUGCAGAAGCUCUGGAGAUUGAUUGCCUAUUACUACGAGAGUCCAGCCAUAUUGGAGAGGGGUGUGCGGCAAGACUACAAUGAUUCCAGGGCGACUUUUCAGUACUCCCAGGCAGCGAGUGAGGACUCACCGUACUUUACUGAUCUAAAGGGACAUUUAACAGCUGAACCAGGGUGGCUGCUGCAGCCAAAAGUUACGAUUCAACUUAACAGACGCAAGACCACAACUAAAAAACUUGUCCUGGAUUUUACUACUCAUAUCUCAGAGCACAUCAGUGGCUGGGGAGAGCAAGGUACUGCCACAUUCACCUGGGCAAUGAUAAAAAGAGGUGAUCCGGGGAGAAUACAGUCAGUUUUGGAAGGAUCUGAAGUCAGUCUGCAGUGUAAAUUGAGGAGCUCAGGAAAACAGACUGUGGAAUGGAUGCUGCCAGAUUUAUCUAUUCUGAGUGAGUCCCAUUCACGACUGAAGGUCUCUCAAGAUGGGAUACUGGUCAUAGACAAAGCAAGUCUGUCUGACUCUGGGCUGUAUCACUGCCUUGUACGGACCAAGACUGACAUAGACAUUGUUUCAUUCAGGCUGACCGUGAGGGAACUCCUGCUAAGUCCCAAUGCUAUAAAUGGCAAGCAGAUGUCUGUGAACAGUGGAGAAUCCCUCUCUCUCCCUUGUUCUGUGUCGUCAGUUAACCCCAGUAUGACGGUUUGGUAUCUACCCUCAAAUGAAAUCCUGAAGCCGUCGCCUCCGAAAGGGAGAGUCUAUGUGUCGCUGAACGGUACUCUGACCAUCAAAAAAGCAACCCAUGAGGAUGCAGGGGAGUAUAGCUGUCUGGCAGCUAACCUGUAUGGUGCAGACAUGCUGUCUCAUCUUGUUGAAAUCAAAGGUAAAAGAGACUCUGAAUCACCAAGUGUUAGUGAAGCUAGAGAAGAAUUAACAAGUGGAGAUAUUCUCAAAAGCAGCAAAUCAUCUGAGGAUGGUGAAGGUGAAGGGUCAGGAUAUCAAGAAAUAAAAUGGCCCAACCCAGUGCAGACACCACAUAGGACUGGUGGACGACAUAAUAGCUCUCGGGGGCAGUUUAGCUACGGCAAUAAAGGAAGGAGGGUCAAGGAGGGCAAAAGGAAACCUAACAAGUCUGUUAAAGAGCUUGACCCUAACCGCUGGGCUCAGAUCCUGGCAAAAGCCCAUGCUAAGACUCCAACUCAUACCCUGAGGAAGCUGAACAUCUCAAACACACAGCCACCCUCCACUUCCACAUUUCCUUGGUCUUAUCUUAAUCGGUUCCCUGUUUGGCCCUCAGUUCAAGGUUCUAGGCAGCAUCCUUCCACUCCUGGCAGAGCCUGGAGUUACCUCCACCCCAGGGGCAGAGAUGCUGGGGUCACUAACCGACCAGAAAUCACUGCACUGACUGCGAAACCAACCACUUUCAUCCCUGCAUCAGUAUCUCCUGCACAAGGCACCACCAUUACGCUAACCUUGAAACCACCCCAUAUCAGCUCAGCCAGCAGGGACUUUUUAUUGCUCUCCAGGCUCAGAAACCGAUAUAGACAAUCUCAACUGGACGCGUACCGUCUUUCACAAUUAGGAAAGAUUAUUACACCAAAGCCAAGGAUUAAUUCCCCUAAUCCAAAACCCCAUCAGGCUCCCUUCUCUCCAAAAACCCACAGUCCUGUAACUCCAACCUCCCUUCCAUUGGCUACCAGCAGGCCUCACUCCACGCCCAGCAUUCUGUACGGUAGCCGAUGGCACUACAGUCACUGGGGACCAAAGAAACUCAGCACUGCUCUGCCUUUCCCAAACCUAAUGGGUAAUGGAGUGAAGCCAAGGAUUACUUCUGUUAAUGUUGUCAGUGUGUCUGCCUUGGCAGAGACAGAUGUGUUCCUCCCUUGUGAAUCAUCAGGUGAACCCAAGCCUGCACUCUCUUGGACCAAAGUCUCAACAGGUGCUACUAUUCAAGCAAGCACAAAACAUGGACAAAGAUUUGAAGUGCUGGAAAAUGGAACAUUUGUGAUCAAAAAUGUUCAGUUGCAGGACAGAGGCCAGUACCUGUGUACAGCACAGAAUAAAUUUGGGUCAGAUCGUAUGGUAAUUACCCUUGCUGUGCUGACUCAACCUCCCAAGAUUGUUCCUCCAAGCUCUAAGGACAUCUCUCUGUAUUUGGGAAAGUCUGUCAACCUGGACUGUUUGGCAGAGGGUAAGCCCCAAGCACAAAUUUCCUGGAUCCUUCCAGACAGAACAUUUGUGCGGGAGGUGGGGCUUCUCAACACCGCUGCCUCACUAAUGCCCAAUGGCACGCUAAGGAUUCACGCAGCUAAUUUUUCCAGCAAAGGGGACUACAAGUGCAUCGCAAGCAAUGCGGCCGGUGCCGACACAGUGACAUACCGUCUCCACGUCGCAGCUUUACCACCCUCGAUCAAUGAGGAGGCUUCAGAAAGAAUUGUCAUACAGCCAGGCAGAAGUGUUUAUGUACACUGUAACUCAAAAGGAGAACCUAUGCCUGUACUAAAGUGGAGCCUUCCCGGUGGGGUUCAGAUUAAGCCUUCCCAAUUCCUUGGGGCGAGGUUCUUUGUCUUUCCCAAUGGAACGUUGUACAUAAAAAGUGUCUCAUCUACUGAUUCUGGAAAGUAUGAGUGUUCCGCCACCAAUGCUGUGGGCUCUGCCAGGAGAGAGGUGCAGCUGGACAUUAAGCAAGAGCCCUCAAGUCCCCAAAGGGGUCUGUCCCAGCAGCACAGAGUCACAGCCAUAUAUGGCUCCACUGUGUACUUGCACUGCCCUGAGUCCACAAACACACAGCGUGGCGCCCUCUGGAGGCUACCCUCCAAAACACUGCUGGAUUAUCGUUACAGCCCUGAACGGUCUAUUACUGCAUUCCCGAAUGGAACUCUCCGGAUUCUGCAACUCACAGAGAAGGAUGGAGGGAGCUACGCCUGCAUGUUCCAGAGGCCGAACGGUGAGGACAUGGAGCUGUUCCAGGUGGAGGUCCUCAUGAAGCCGCCGAAAAUAGAACACUUGGGCACGGCUCAGACGAGAGUGACGUACGGGGAGAACUUCCAAGUGGACUGCGUAGCCUCAGGUCUUCCUGAUCCAGAGGUGUCCUGGAGCCUGCCAGACGGAACCAUGAUCAAUAACGCCCUCCAAUCGGAUGACAGCGGGGCUCGCUCCCGCCGCUACGUCAUGUUUGGGAAUGGUACACUCCUGCUGCAGCAGAUGGGCAAAAAGGAUGAGGGUGACUACACGUGCUACGCCAAGAACAAACUUGGAGAGGAUGAAAUGAAGGUUAGCAUCAGAGUGGUUGUGGACUCUCCCAGGAUCCUGUCCAAAGAUCAGGCAUCUCUCUGGGGUCGCCUUGACGAGCCUGUGCAUAUGAAGUGUGAAGCUAGAGGAGAUCCUCCACCUACAAUAAUAUGGCUCUCCCCAAGCAAUGAAAUAAUUUCCUCCUCUUCUAAGUACCAAAUCUUGGGAGAUGGUACUCUGGUAAUCAGGAAAGUGAGUGUUGCUGACCGGGGGAAGUAUGCUUGUGUAGCCAGGAACUCGGCGGGAGAUGACAUAAAAAAUGUGAAACUGGAAGUGGAGGCCAGAGAGCCUCAGAUAAAUGGACAAAGGGGAAGUACCACUGUAAAGGGUCUGGUGGUUUCUUAUCAGACAAUGCUGCUGGACUGCAUAGCGGAAGGCAUGCCAGAGCCACGCAUCACCUGGACCACUCCCUAUGGCAUGUCACUGCCCACACCGUACCUGGGCGGCAGGUUCCAAGUCCACAGAAAUGGGACUUUGGAGUUGCGUGGCUUGAGGAAGACUGACGAGGGUAAGUUUGUCUGCCUUGCAAAAAACAACCUAGGGGAAGCAAGCCUCGAGAUUGACCUUGAAGUGGCCCCUCUAGCAGAAAAGCCAAGCUUUCUGGUACCAAACAUUGAAGUUUUGCCCCUCAAGUUAGACAGCAGCGAAGUCACUCUCGAAUGUCAUGCCCGAGGCAAGCCAAUGCCGGAGUUUGUGUGGGUGCUGCCAAAUAGCACCGUACUGACCCCCGGCACAAAACUUCAGCGUUUCCUUCACUAUCCAGUCAAUGGGACAUUGCGCAUAUUCCAACCGGUAACUAGUGACAAGGGUGUUUAUCGUUGCUUAGCUAAAAAUGUGGCUGGACAAGCUGAGAAACGCUACGCUCUCGAACCAGGGAGAAAGCCCCAGAUCCGUGGAACAUCAGGACCCAUGAAGAUUUCAUUCGGACAGAGUCUAAACCUACCCUGCUCUGUCGAUGGCUGGCCACAGGCUACCAUCUCCUGGACUCUCCCCAGUGGUCUGAUCCUGGACAAGCCUCAAGUCGUUGGAAGAGUAACAUAUUUAGCAAAUGGCACACUUCAGCUCAGAGAGACGGCCACAUUUGACAGAGGAACCUACAUUUGCAAGGCCACCAAUACGUUUGGGUCGUCAACGCUGUCCUACCCAGUUACGGUAAUGGUGUACCCUCCACGUAUCACCAAUGCACCACCAUCCAUAACAAAGGUGAACAGAGGAUCACCAGUAAAGCUCAGCUGUGUUGCUGCAGGCAUUCCCAAACCUGACAUUUCAUGGACUCUUCCUGGACGCACCACGCUUGUUCCCAGCAACCGUUUUGCGGCACAGGGGGGUGUUCACAUGACGGUGGAAGGCAGCCUAGUCAUACAAAACCCAGUGCUCAUGAACUCAGGGAUUUAUAAAUGCAAUGCAAAAAAUGCUCUCGGAACGGACUUCAAAGCAACAUACCUUCAAGUGAUAUGAGUAACCCAGCUUUUAAACAUAAAAAAACA